CCCUGACGGCCGACCAUUCCAGAACCCUAGCCCAUCCGACGGCCACCACGCGCCCAUCUCCUCGAUAUAAGACCGCUCUCCCCGCAUCUUCGAAACCCUAAGUCACCACACACUCCCGUUUCCCGCCGCCUCCGCCCUCUGCCGCCGCAGCCGCAGCCAUGGGCGCGUACAAGUUCGUGUCGGAGCUAUGGAGGAGGAAGCAGUCCGACGUGAUGAGGUUCGUGCAGCGCGUGCGUUGCUGGGAGUACAGGCAGCAGCCCGCCAUCGUCCGCAUCACCAGGCCCACCCGCCCCGACAGGGCACGCCGUCUCGGCUUCAAGGCCAAACAGGGUUAUGUGGUCUACCGUAUCCGUGUGAGACGUGGUGGCAGGAAGCGCCCAGUGCCCAAGGGUAUUGUUUAUGGCAAGCCCAAGCACCAGGGUAUUACCCAACUCAAGUUCCAGAGGAACAAGAGGUCUGUUGCUGAGGAAAGAGCUGGGCGCAGGCUUGGUGGUCUUCGUGUCCUCAACUCCUACUGGGUGAAUGAGGACUCCACCUACAAGUACUUUGAGGUCAUCCUUGUUGAUGUUGCUCACAGCGCUGUCCGCAACGAUCCAAGGAUCAACUGGCUCUGCAAGCCUGUGCACAAGCACCGUGAGCUGCGUGGUCUCACCUCUGCAGGAAAGAAAUUCCGUGGUCUGCGUGGCAAGGGUCACCGCCACCACAAGAACAGGCCCUCAAGGAGAGCCACCUGGAAGAGGAACCAGACCGUCUCCCUCCGCCGCUACCGUUAAGCUUACGUGGUGUUAUGUCCUGUGGAACCUGUCCUAUGCUGGAGUCUUUUCCACCGUCAAAUUUUGCUACCUUUCUGUGGCUGAACGUCCAGGCAUGCCUGUUGAACUAUUUGCUAUGUGCCUGUGUUAUGUGAAAUUUGAAUGAUUUAAGUA